CUAUGACCAAUAAGCACACUAUAUACUCAAUUCACAUCACAAAUAGUACGGUUAGUAUGAGUAUUCAAACACAACUCAAGUCUGGGUUCCAUUGGCGCAGGCAGCCGCAGAAUAGCAGGUGACACGUCCGGCAUUUCGACUUAAUAAUAUUACGUAAAUUCCGGAAAGGGAAGUGGCUCCUUUGGAAAGUUAUCGAAGCAGAAAGUUCUCAGAAGUUAUCUAGCUAAACAAACAGAAGAAGGGAAAAAUGGGAACAACAGCAAGUCAAUUAGGGAAGGAUCUGCUCUCAGAAUAUCAGGAGCUGACAUUUCUUACAAAACAAGAAAUUCUGUUGGCACACAAGCGAUUCAGUGAACUCCUUUCCAAAGAGGACAGAAACCUCACCAGUGUGCCCAUGGAGAAAGUCCUUUCACUGCCAGAACUCAAGUCCAACCCUUUCAGGAAAAGGAUCUGCCAUGUAUUCUCAACAUCUGAUAUGAAAGAUGGAAGUCUCACCUUUGAGGACUUCCUUGAUCUCUUGAGUGCCUUCAGCGAUUCAGCAACACUGGAAAUCAAGUCCCACUACGCAUUCCGCAUUUUUGACUUUGAUGACGAUGGCACUCUGGAUGGCGGGGACCUGGAGAAGCUGGUGAACUGUUUGACUGGUGAGACUGAAGACACAAGGCUUACACCUGAAGAGAUGAGGCAGCUCAUCAGCAAUAUUCUUGAAGAGUCAGAUAUAGACAAAGAUGGGACAGUAAAUCUGUCAGAGUUCCAACAUGUUAUCUCGAGGUCACCAGAUUUCAUCAGUUCUUUUAAGAUUGUGCUGUGAAGUCUACGGAUAACACACCAGGAUAUGGAUGCAUUGGAUUCUGUUCUAUUCAUACUAAGAGGACCUCUUCUAUUUUUUCAUUGUAAUACCAGUAACUUUGAGAUUUUGCCUUAAAUUAUACAGAGUGGCUUUCCCCCCCAGACUAAAGGUUCCUAAGCUUCUGGGCGUGUGCGGAUCACACACGGUGCAUGUUUUUACCUCUACUUGACGCAUACAUUUGCGUUGUCUCUUUCCUUURACAUUUCUCAUUGUGAAUCGUGAAUGAUAAAGAGAUAAUGGAAUUUUUUUUGUAGGCACAAACUCCACCAUGGUUCGUUGGAGGGGAAAUGAAUGGUGUUUUUGGUUAAACACCAAAAAUAAGUUUAGGUAAACACGGUCUUGAGAUUUUUUUGGUUCUGAGAAUCUUCAUCAGCUAACAUCACUUUCUUGAAUUUUGAAGAAUUCAUAUAAUCUAUAAAAAAAAAAGCAUAGCACAAAGGCUUAAUUCAUAAACGUCAUGUUAACUGACUGGUAUUAUCGGAUAGAACAAAACAAGAUCUCCUCAGCCUGUGUUAACCUCAGACCUUAUUUUCGGCAUUUAUUCCAAAACCCUAUUCUUUCCCCAUUCAUUUUUCACAUAGGGUUGGCUGAACGAACCAAAGGUAACUAAUUUCUUGGGUUUUAGGACUACAAGCUGGUGAGCUCUGAUAAUUCUUCAAGUUUUUACCGGUUAAACGUCCAUACAGCAUCUGCAUACCAACCAUUUGAUCUCAUCAGUUUCAUGGGAUAUACAUUUAUAGCUUCGUGUUAUUAUUGUUUCGAAUGAUGGGCUAGUGAGCCAAUUUUUAGAGCAGAUGUUAAACUGUAGCAUAGUUUAGGCUGUGUUUUUGCCUAGUGGCCACAUGGAAAAAUUUGUUUUUUUGUCUGACAGUAAUGUCAUACUAUUAUAUUCGGUUGUUUUGUAGAAUACUAUCAUUGUGAUCUUGCAGGCUUUGAUCAAACUUUAUUAAACAAGCACCAUUA